AUGGAUGGUCAACAGUCUGUUGGUGGAAAAUUAUCCCAAUCCUUACACUUUAGUGAUGGUGUUUUUGAUCUCACAAAUGAACACAAUGAAGAGUGCUCUGAUUCAUCUAAGUCUAACAAUAUUCUGUUGCGUGUUAUUGACUGGUGCGGAGAAAAGUUGGCAUGGAGUUUUGGCAUUUCCUCACCGAAAUAUUAUUAUAUAAUUGAAAAUGCCAAAAUGAGAGCGUCGGAACGAAAUUUCAUCGACUUAGGUGAUAUGGAUGAUCCACAUGUUGCCAUUCUCCAGUCUUCGGUGCCAAACAACUAUACUCAUUCAUCAGUUCUUUCAUCUGGAUAA